CUUUCUGGGUUGGAUAAACACAUGCUUCUUUUCAAUUAGUUGUCAACGUGCAGAGCGUACUAAACAACAGUUAAAUCACUUGGAAAAUUGCGAAGAAAAUGCUCGUUAAACUGUUUAGGAAAUCAGUAGCUAAAAUAGAGAGUAGAUACACGUUUAAGUAUAUAAAUAAAUUAGUAAAUUAGUUCCUUGUACAAUAAUGCGACGUGCCUGAUGAAACAUUCUGUUUCGUUGUAGCAUAGAGUUACAGCUGCGCGAAUGUGUAAAAUAAUAUUUUCUUUCUCCAGCUAGAAGUUUCGAGGAUUGCGGUAUGGAAAUCGAGAAGGGUGUUGUAUGUGUAUAAAUAGUGCUAAAAUGCGUCGCUCCAAGAGGGGUUGUAAAACCCGACAAGGUUGCUGUCAAUCACUGCCCGUCUGAGCUAGCUCCACCAGAAAUCGACCACAGCCUUUGACUCGGAACUCUCAAUGACCGAUCAGGAAAGGGUUACACAGGAUGGGAAGGCAAAGUGCCCUGCCUUCCGUUCUCACAAGGAGAUGUUCCAGAAGAUGGAGGACACGUUCAAGUUCUGCGCUGCCUGCAAGAAGCUGCCCAGCCACCUCUCUGAGGGCCAAGCUCUCAAGCGCUGCGUUAAGUGUCUGAAUGUAUAUUACUGCAGUAAGGAGUGCCAGAAGGAGGACUGGCCACAGCACAAAAAGUUCUGCAAGACGUUGCGCUUGGUGGCCAUCAACCGGCUGGUGGAGUGGCUGGUGUUCACGGGAGAUCUCCCUUUCUCCACAGAGCAGUGGUCACAGCCUGCAGGCAGUGUGAAGGGCUGGGAAGACUGGCUGUCCAUGCAGGGAGACCUGAGCCCCCGUCUGGAUGCCAUCUUGUCUGGGCGUGGCAUGAGAGAUCUGUGGACCAACGCUGGCAGGCCCAGCCCAGAGGAGGGCGACCUUCGGGAGUCAGUUUGGCGGGUGACGAGCGAGUUCCUCUCCCGCCCGCUUACUUUGGGCCUGGGACUGCGCCUCUUCGGCCUGGACCCUUACGCCCGGCCCCUCACCAUCCACCUGGCUGGGGCCUCCCACAGCGAGACCAUGGGGGCCCGGCUCACGGACAUGGAUGAACUGAACCGCAUGUUCCCUGGUCACCAGGGUCUGGAGGUGGUGAUGGUGGGACCUGAGGUAGUGGAGGGGCCCAUUAUGAGACCUCCUUUGAGGGCCUUUGGCCCUCGUGGGAGAGUUUACAUCAGUGCCUACAAGGGACUCUAUCACCAGUUCUGGGAAGAUGUCAUAGAGAAACAGGAGGCAGCCAAGCCUGACCUGGUAGUGGGAUUCCAUCCAGGGUUUGAUGCUAGCCAGGGCCUGGAAGAAGGCUGGCUCCCUACCCUGCUGCUGCUACGAGACUACAGCAUCCCCACGCUCUUCACCAUGUUGACUGAGGAGGAGCUGAACUAUUCCCUGCAGAUCCUUGCAGAGCUGGAAAUGCACAUCAGGGGCAGUGGACAAAAUCCCUUUGCCUCCCUGAAGCCAGAACAGGUGCAGGCCUGUCCAAACAAGACCCCAGUCUACUGCAACUCCCACUACCUCUGCUUCAAGGGGCUACUGGAGCAGGGGGAGGAAGAGGAGCACGAUGACGAGGAAGAUUAGAGCUGCGUCCAAAGCUUAUUGGCUAAUACUCCAUAAGUAAUCACUGAAAAGAAAAGUGGCACUGAAACAAGCUGCCCUGUCCACCUAAAGUAUUUGCAUCAACUGCCAUUUUCUUUCAUUCAGAAGUUAUCUUUCAGGCACUUUGAAUGUACUUUCAUGGAUUUACACAAGUGAUUUGCAUUUGAAAUUACACUUACGGCUAUUCAUCAGUGCAGCUAGUUGAUAUUGAUACUGUCUCUUUGUGUUUUUAUAAAGCCUACUUGAGAGGUCUCUGACUGGUCAACAUGCUUUAGUAGGUUCUCAAACCACAGGAACAAAGUUAUCAGCUUGGAUGAUUGCUGUGAAUAGGCUUUCAGAAUGUUAUGAUACUACAAGCACAACCAGCUAUAACCAGUAUACUCUUCUCCACCCAAGCGCUUCAAAGCAUUCAAGGGGUUUAAUGGCCUUUUACACACACCUUAUUUGGAGAGUGGUUUUGCAGUCAUUUUAUAUUGUUAUAUUGAUGUCACCAGAUGGAAUUAUGACUCCUGACCAAAUUAAUAAAAGGCCGUUAUAGCUUUUUCCCAU